UCAUUGUGCAGAGGAUCAGUUUUCUCUCUCUACUCGUGACUCGGACAGUUUGAAAGAUAAUGUUUCACACACACGGUCUGUCAGCAUGCAGGAGUGAUGCCCACCCAAACCUUCUGGUACAGUAUCUCUAUGUUGUCUUGUUGAGUGAUGUUGUAAAAGUAUAUUAUGGUUGUACAGUAAAGGGUCAUUUAUCAACAGUGGUAAUG